AUGUCCGAUGCCAAGAAAGGUGCAGAUCUCUUCGAUAUGGCCAAGGAUGGCACAUCCAUUCCUGGCGAUGCUGGCAAGAUGAACACAAUCAAGUCCGUUCCCAACCCUCAUCAGCGCGAUGGCAAGGCCGCAGGCGGUCUUGGCUCAACUUCGCUCGCCAACGCAGCUGACAACGCUCUCAACGAGAACGAGGGCCGAGAAUCGGGUAUUGGGGAGGUCGUCAGCGCUACGGGACAUGAUGUUCCCAACUCAGUCACCGGAAAGCCUGGUGGUCGCGGCGGUACCCAAGGCAAGGACGACAUUCGCGCAGACACUGGUGGUUUCACCAAGGAUCGAUCAGCGGACAAGUCUUGA